CCAAUAAUGCGGAUCGCCGAGGCAAGGUUUAAUACGAAUUUGUGCGGUCACGUACCCUUCCCCCUCUUCAGCCCUCCAUGGGAUACAUUCUGUGUAGGCAACUAUCUCAACAACCUAAUGGCUGUGCCUCGCAACUUUGUCGUUCGAGAAGUGCAUACAGCACAGGACGGGGUCACUCAGAUUGGCCAUGGAAACACCAUCAACUACGCAGAUCCAGUGGAAACGCAGCGCAAUAUCCAGAGAUGGUUUGCAUCAUGGCUGUUUGAUGACCCUAAUUCGACACAACGUUCGCAAGCUAGGAUAGUCCAAGAAAAGGGGCGUGCUAUCAAAGGUUGCGGGGAAUGGCUAACGCACGAUCUUGUGCCGCAGUGGCUUGCAGACGGUUCAGAUUGUCUAUGGAUCUACGGUGAUGUGGGCUCGGGUAAAAGCAUUUUGUGUUCUCUCCUUAUUUCGGAGCUUCGUCGUAUGCAGCCCGAGGUUGGGACCUUGCUAGUCGUUCCCGCGAUAUUUUCAUUCGAUGUCGACUACACAGCCCGAUCUGAAUUUCUGCCAAAUACCAUUCUUGCUUGGCUUUGUUCGUUCGAUCCUAUACCAACACCGGUAAAGCGUGCACGAGAGACACAUCUCAACGCGUCAGAAAUUCACGACAUUGACGCUUUGAUUGAAAAGACGAUUGCCGGGCUUGACGCACAGGGUGCUGAAGUCGGUAAAGGAUCUCUCACUAUCAUGCUUGUCCUCGAUGCCAUCGACGAAGUUUCCUAUGACCAACAGCGACGCACUCUCUCUUUGAUCAACGCUCUUGUUGAGCAGAACAAAACCUAUACAGCGGUUCGAUUUCGAGCGGUAUUAUUCACCCGCAAUGACAUGCGCGUGAAAGAGCUUUGCCCCACCGAGGAAGGCUGGACACAUCAACAAAUUCCAGAGGAUUCUUUGGAAAGCGAUAUCUUGACAGCUGUACAGGGCCGCUUGGCCGAGUCAAGACUUCGAAUGUCAGCAUCCGAGCGUCAUUCCCUGGCAAAAACCGUUGGAGACAGAGCCGGCGGCAUGUUUCGAUUAGCAGGGCUGUACGUGGACCACCUCUUGAAACCCAACCAGCGUAAACUCUCCUCAACACAGCUGCAGACCAUUAUCAAUGCGCUCCCAAAUGAUCUUUAUGAUUUUUAUGAUCGAAUCAUUUCCAAAAUCGAAGAUCAAGAAGCACGUCGCUUGAGUUUCAAGUCGUUAAGAUGGAUUUUCUACGCGUCGGGAGUCAUGUCAUUAGGUGAAAUAGCAGAGGCAUGCUCGCGAUCUUUCCCAGGCGAUAAUGAGUACGUGGAAGGACUCAUUUCGGAAGUUGAUCCACUCGAUAUCGUCGAUCCGUUAAGCGGCUUCAUUCAUAUCAACCCACCCUUGCCAGAAGAUACAGACGAUCUGGAUUAUGAACAGCAUCGGAUUACUAUCGCUCAUUUCUCUGUUGGCGAGUAUCUUAUGAAUCGAGUGCACUUAUCGUUCGACGUACGCCCGUCUUUCUACCAACAAUACGACGCCAGUCUAUACUUAGCGCAGGCAGCUUUCUGCUAUCUCGGCAGCUACCUUUCAGAACCGGAAAAUACUACUAUUGGAGCUUGGCCAUUGUUGAAAUACGCCGCUGACCAGUGGCCUUAUCAUGUCGCUGCAUCUAUCCAUCCUUCCCAUCGAAUGUCAGAAUGCUGCUCCUUGAAUAUCAACUCGCUGGCACUAAAAGUUCGAAACUGUUUUGCUUAUCCGGAUGCCGAUCUUUACACGGAUGCAGAAAAAUUGAGACAGCGCGUCAAAGAUUAUAUGAGAGCAGUGCUGAGUGAGAAGCAGGUUGCUCUUUUGUCCAGUAGACUGCUCGGCUCUGCAUCUCUCGCAAGUAUGAACGAGAGUGACGCGCCACCGUACAAUACACUUGAUCUGGGACAGAUCCGUUUCGUAAUGCUAUAUCCUAGCUCAGAAGAGAAUGUCAAUCCUCGAUGUGAACUAUUCACAUGCUCUCUUGAUAAUGAUCCAAAUUACGAUUUCAUUGCCUGGUGUUGGCAGGCUUCGGCGCCAGAGACAGAGAUUCCCGUUGCUGGCCGGAAGGUGAGGACGAAGGCAUCGGUUAUUGAUGCUCUAAUUCAUUUGCAAUGUCGCUUGGAACGGCCCCAAGCCAUCUGGGUGGAUAUGCUGUGUAUCAAUCGCGAUGAUGAUGCAGAAAGAACAAACCAAAUACAACAGAUCAGUUCAACAGCCACAAACGCGCGGCAAGUCAUAUGCUGGCUCGACCGCAAAUACAGCGCUCCGCCAUCUCUCCCAUCAUUCGAUCUGUACAGCAAUAUGUUUUGGCGAAGAUCUUGGGUCAUUCAAGAACUAGUCCUUGCCAAACAAAUUACGAUCAUGUUUGGAAAUCAGAGCUGGGAUUGGCAAAUGGUGGUGCCUCUCCUGCAAAGUUUCACUGACAACGAUGUGGUGUCGGCCCGUAGAUCGCGGCCCGACCUUAUCACGGAUGGGAUUGCAGGGGCAGUCAAGGCGGGGAUCAAGACAAUCGAUUCUGUUCAGGUCAUACGUAAACGUCUAGCCGAAGGCGAGGUGGUCAAUUUAGAAGAGCUGCUCAGCACUUUCUGCCAUAUGAGGGCCCCAAACCUAACAGACAAGAUAGCAUCACUAGUGUCUUUUAACACAGAACACUACAAUGAGUACCAAAGUCUCAUCGAUUACUCUGUGCCAUUUACCGGCGUAUACGUUCGUCUCGCUGUCACAAUCAUGGAGUCACGCAAAACUCUGGAUUUGCUAGCCUUCAACAACAUUGAAAGCUGCCCACAUGGCUUACCUACGUGGGCACCAUGCUGGGUUGACCCCAUAUUUCGCGAUCCGCUUGCCCCCGGAGUCUUCAAGCCAGAUCAACCACAUCUAUUCCAAGCUAGCAAGAAGCAGCCUCGCUUUGACUUCCGCGAAGCUAUUAGCGAAUUGCACAUCUACGGCCUAUUGGUCGAUGAGAUCGCGACAACUUGGACAAGAGAUGAUUACAUACGACGGGCGUCCACAAAAGGACCUGAUGGCAACCCAAUACUCUCCCGUCUCCCACUCCCAGAAUUUUCCGAGGUUUAUAGCUGGACUGAUAAUCAUGUCCCUAUCUCUUUGGAUUUUCAGGAAGUCAAGACCGUAAACUGCGAAAACUCUGAAAUCGCUCGUGCUCUUACCGAAGGACGGACUAUCCACCAUUACUCAAGGGCAAGCUCCAUACUGGAAAAUGCCGACAAACUCCGGCUGGAUACUGAGUCUCUCCCUUUGUCCAGAGCAGACCGUCUCAUAUGCGAGACAAAAAUGGGUAGACUGGGAAACGUACCCAAGAGGGCCCGUAAAGGCGAUGUCGUGGUGGUUCUAGAAGGCGCGCGGACUCCGCAUGUCUUGAGGCCUUUUGGCAAGGUUGGCGGGAAGUGGGUGACUUAUGAGCUUGUUGGGGAAUGUUAUGUUGAUGGACUGAUGGACGGCGAAGCGGAGCAGGUGAAGGAAGGCGAGCAACCGGUGGAGCCUGUGAAGUUUGUCAUCGAGUAA